AUGGCCGUCGCCGUCGACGUCCCCUCCUGCAUCCAGCUCCUCCGCUCCUGCGGCGCGGCCGCCGGCCGGCAGCUCCACCAGCUCCUCCUCAAAUCCGGCCACGUCCCAUCCUCCCUCCCACCCACCAACGCCGUCCUCCUCAUGUACGUGCGCGGCUCUCCGCUCCACUCCCGCGACGCCCACCGCCUGUUCGACGAAAUGCCCACGAAGAACUACUUCUCCUAUAACUCCGUCAUCACCGCCCUCUUCAAGUCCGGAGACCACGGUGCGGCGCUCCGCGUGUUCCGCUCCAUGCCUGACAGGAACACCUUCUCCUGGAAUGCGGUGAUAACUGGCUUGGCUGGUGUUGGGGAUCUUGACACUGCGAGCGAGUUGCUAGAAGAAAUGCCCGUGAAGGAUGCUGUGGCUUGCCACGCUGUCUUGCAUAGGUUUGUCCGCUGUGGCCGAGUCGAUGAGGCAUUUUCUCUGCUCAAGAGGAUAGGUUCGCAGUGCAAUCCUGAUGUGAUCCCGCCAUGGAAUGACCCCUUCGUGCUUACCACAGUGGUUGGCGCCUGUGCUGAUCGGAUGAAGUAUGAGAUUGGGAGGCAAGCUCACGCCCGGUUGGUGGUUGCCAAGACCGAAAUCGAUUCGGUAUUGGCUUGCGCAUUGAUUGACAUGUAUUGCAAGUGUGGGGAUUUGGACUCCGCUCACCACGUUCUUGAUAGGUUGAAACAUGUCGAUGAAAUUUCACUGUCUGCACUUGUCUAUGGAUACACAUCUUAUGGACAGUUGCACAAGGCGUUAUGUCUUUUCGACAAGGUGGAGAACCCCAGCAUUGCUCUAUGGAGUUCUCUUAUCAGUGGCUGUGUCCCUGCCUAUCAUGGAGACAGUGCUUUUGUUCUUUUUGUAAGGAUGUUGCGGUCAGACAUGUUGCCUAACUCUUCAAUUUAUGCCAUUGUUCUGAAUACGUGUGGCUUUUUAGGCAUGUUGAAGCCUGGGCAGCAGAUGCAUGCUUGUGCUUUAAAGAGUGGGGCUAUCAAUGACUUGAUAGCAGCAAGUGCUCUCAUUGAUUUCUACUCGAAAUGCAGCCUCUGGGCAGAUGCCUGCCAAGCUUUCAGUGAACUUAGGCAUCAGGACACCAUUGUGCUCAACUCAAUGAUCACUGUAUACUCAAACUGUGGCCAAAUAGAUGAGGCUAGAAGAGUUUUUGAUAUGAUCCCUAGCAAGAGUAUCAUCUCAUGGAAUUCUAUGAUUGUUGGGUUCAGCCAAAAUGGGCAUGCUCUUGAUGCAAUGGAGCUGUUCUAUGAGAUGCAUCGGCUUGGUUUGCAGCUUGACAAUGUAGCUAUAUCCAGUGUUCUGAGUGCAUCAGGCAGUAUCUGCUCUAUAAGUUUCGGGGAGCAAAUUUUUGGUCUUGCUACUGCACUUGGCCUGCAGUCUGACCAUAUUGUAGCCUCCUCGCUCAUUGACCUGUACUGCAAAUGUGGCAACUUGGCCAAUGGAUGCAGGAUCUUCGAUGGGAUUGAUAAUCCAGACGAAGUCUUGUGGAACUCAAUGCUUAUAGGUUAUGCUUCUAACGGGUAUGGACUUGAGGCACUGAAACUUCUAAAUUUAAUGCAAAGUAGGGGUCUGAAGCCAAGUGAACGGACAUUUGUUGGUGUCCUUUCUGCAUGCUGCCAUUCUGGGCUUGUGGAAGAGGGACUGAGAUGGUUUUACCGGAUGAAGGAAGAUUUUGGUGUGAGUCCAUCAGCUGAGCAUUAUGCGUGUGUGACUGACCUGUUGGUCCGAGCAGGUCGACUGGAAGAAGCAGUUGAGUUCAUAGAGAACAUGCCUUUCAAAGCUGAUGCAAUUAGUUGGACUUCUUUUAUUGGAGGAUGCAAAGCCCAGGGCCAUGAGGCUCUGUUGCACAAGGUUGCAAACAAACUGGUGGAAACAGGACUGUCACCGCAUUCUAGUUUGUAUGUGCAGCUGUCGAGCACACUCGCAGCUCAUGGGGAUUGGGACAAAUCAGCAGAGAUUAGGAGUAUGAUGCAUGACAGAAGAAUCUCAAAGAACGCCGGCUGCAGUUGGAUUGACAGGGCAUAG